GGAAUCUAUAACGAAUCGUAAACACCGGAAAUAAAAAUGCUUCUUCUCUAAGGCUCAGAACCCUAACGUCACUUCCGGCAACAAUAGGAAACGUCAAAAGUCGGACAGUCGGCAGCUCUGGCUGCUGCAGCUUGACGUGCGCUCAGUUCAGAGGGAUCCUGUGCUGCUUCUGGUAUUCUCACUGCUGAUACCUCCACCGGCGUGAACAAGUAAAAGUUUGAACCGGCUUCUCCAUGGCCUGGGCACCAGUUCCUGGCUGAGCCAUUUUCUUUUUGACUAAAAGCCCCCGCCCAGAGGCCGAUUCGUCGCGGCGGCGGUGGGGAUCGCAGGUCGCUCAGGCUUGCAGAUGGGUCAGGGGCUGUGGAGAGUGGCCAGAAACCAGCAGCUACAGCAAGAAGGUUAUAGUGAGCAAGGCUACCUCAGCAGAGAGCAGAGCAGGAGGAUGGCUGCCAACAACAUUUCUAACACCAGUCAGCGUAAACAAGUCCAAGGAGGCAUUGAUCUAUAUCAUCUUUUGAAGGCACGGAAAUCUAAAGAACAAGAAGGAUUCAUUAAUUUGGAAAUGUUGCCCCCUGAGCUAAGCUUUACCAUCUUGUCCUACCUGAAUGCAACUGACCUCUGCUUAGCUUCAUGUGUUUGGCAGGACCUUGCAAAUGAUGAACUUCUCUGGCAAGGGUUAUGUAAAUCCACUUGGGGUCACUGUUCCAUAUAUAAUAAGAACCCACCUCUAGGAUUUUCUUUCAGAAAAUUGUAUAUGCAGCUGGAUGAAGGCAGCCUCACCUUUAAUGCUAACCCAGAGGAGGGAGUGAACUACUUUAUGUCCAAGGGUAUCCUAGAUGAUUCACCAAAGGAAAUAGCAAAGUUUAUCUUCUGUACAAGAACACUAAAUUGGAAAAAACUGAGAAUCUAUCUUGAUGAAAGGAGAGAUGUCUUGGAUGACCUUGUAACGUUGCAUAAUUUUAGAAAUCAGUUUUUGCCCAAUGCACUGAGAGAAUUUUUCCGUCAUAUCCAUGCCCCUGAAGAGCGUGGGGAGUAUCUUGAAACUCUCAUAACAAAGUUCUCACAUAGAUUCUGUGCUUGUAACCCCGAUUUAAUGCGAGAACUUGGCCUUAGUCCUGAUGCUGUCUAUGUACUGUGCUACUCUUUGAUUCUACUUUCCAUUGACCUUAGUAGCCCUCAUGUGAAGAAUAAAAUGUCAAAAAGAGAAUUUAUUCGAAAUACCCGUCGUGCUGCUCAAAACAUUAGUGAAGAUUUUGUAGGGCACCUUUAUGACAACAUCUACCUUAUUGGCCAUGUGGCUGCAUAAAAGCACAAUUGCUAGGACUUCAACUAUUAACUUCAAACUAAAGUUACCCAAGGACUUAUUUAGCAGAUAUGGGGCUUACAUUAGUGCUGGUCAUUCUAGCCUCUGUAUACAAUCAAGCUCGAGUGUAUACGUUUUUUUUCUUUCACUGUUUUCUUUUUUAGUAAUUUCCUUGGGGAACUAAAUAAUUUUGCAGAAUUUUUCUUAAUUUUGCUUAUCAUGUUUUGCACAAAGCAGAGCCAUUGUCUGACACAGCUGUGUAAGAAUGUUAAACUGACAUUAUACUCUAAAAGAUGGUAUAUUUGUGCAUUAGAUUUGCUUGAAAACUACUCAUUUUCAUUCUUUUUUAAAAUACCAUGUAAUGUGUACAUAUUUAACUAAAGAGAUUUAUAAUCAUAAUUAUUUUAUUGUAAAGAUUUUAACUAAAGCCUUUCCUUUUUCUCUCAAA